AUGGGAGUCCAUCAAUUCAAACCUGACGAAAACGAAGCUGUGCUGGCUGAGCUGUACCCCAAAUUCUUCACCGACUUUAUUAGAUUUGGACAACCAAGACAAGAAGUACUGAGUAUCAGUUCUCAAUUAGGCUUUCUACAUGAUAAAAAAAAUAGACAAAUACUAUGUUCUCUGGACUAUCACCUGCCGGAACGACAGCGACGUGCCGCCAUAGCUCAGUCGGUUAGAGCGUGGGUCUAA